UUGAGAACGAAACGCAGCGAGGAAAGGAACAUGAAUUCGCUGGUGAUACUUGCCACAGGGCUGCUUUGUUUUCUAGCAGUUAGAGUGCCGUACGUAGCAGGCGACUCCAGUGAGGAGGAGUACCACGUACUGUUACCGCCUAGUGAUAAAGGACUACUGAGUCUUAUUGGCAUCAGCAGUCAGCCCGUUAUACAAGCAGUCAAAGUGAAAGUGCCACGUUAUGCAGAUCCUGCGCUGAAACAGCAAAUCAUCGAACAAUACCUAGAUGCACGUGGACUGACCCCAAAAGUUUUAGCUGCCGCACAUAAUGCAGCUCCAGCGACAAAUACAGGAGAUGACGAUUUUAAUUCGCGUCUGGAAAUGUUUUACAAUUUGGGAUUAGGCACACAGCUACCAUCUCCAAAUUUAGACAUAAAUAUUGGCGCACAGAAUGCAGCUUCAACGUCGAAUACAGGAGCUGAUGGUUUGAAUUCGCGCCUAGAAAGCUCUUACACUUUAGAAUUAACAACGCAGCCACCAACUUCAACGCCGCCACCGACUGUAGUCAUAAAAUCUAUAGCGGAACCGUUUACCAACUUAGAUGAUGAGCCAUCGACUUCAACGCCGCCACCGACUGUAGUCAUAAAAUCUAUAGCGGAACCGUCUACCAACUUAGAUGAUGAGCCAUCGACUUCAACGCCGCCACCGACUGUAGUCAUAAAAUCUAUAGCGGAACCGUCUACCAACUUAGAUGAUGAGCCAUCGACUUCAACGCCGCCACCGACUGUAGUCAUAAAGUCUAUCGCGGAACCUUCUACCAACUUAGCUGAUGAGCCAUCAACUUCAACGCCGCCUCCAACUAUAGUCAUAAAGUCUAUCGCGGAACCUUCGACCAACUUAGAUGAUGAGCCAUCCACUUCAACGCCGCCACCGACUGUAGUCAUAAAGUCUAUCGCGGAACCUUCGACCAACUUAGAUGAUGAGCCAUCCACUUCAACGCCGCCACCGACUGUAGUCAUAAAGUCUAUCGCGGAACCUUCGACCAACUUAGAUGAUGAGCCAUCAACUUCAACGCCGCCUCCAAUUAUAGUCAUAAAGUCUAUCGUGGAACCAUCUACCAACUUAGUAGAUGAGCCACUCGUGACAUAUGACAUCGUGUCAGCGCGCAAGCGACGUCAAUUGUUGGAGAUAAGCACUACCACAUCACCCAUCGAAAGCACAACAGUACCUGAUGUAAUCGAAACAAGUACAAUGACUGACGGCCAACAAGCCGUGGAGGGAAUUACAGUAAUGCUGGACCUAAGCCCGCCGGUAAGCAGCACUGAGUCACCGAUAUCAACAACCGUUACCACUACCCAACUCGAACCCUUCAUUCCACUCAUUGGUUUCGACGUCUCCAUACUACCAGCCUCUGUGUCACACGUACUUUAUGCGCCACGCAUUCCAAUCGACUCAACAACAACUACCACUUCAACUGACGUGCCGAUAGUUUUGGCGGAGCAAGUCGUUGCAGUUACCACACCACAUUUCCCGGCUCAGAGUCGACGCAUCGCUCGCGCGGUAUCUUUCAAUGUUAUGGACCAGAGGAAAAUGACAAAAGCCACACCUGUCCCGCCAUUGCCUCAAACAGAUGUACGCAGUACGAAAAUGUCCCAUUUGCCACGUAGCUCGCGUAAGUUACGCGCUGUGGAUGAGGCUGCUGUUGCAGCUCCACUCGCAGAGAAGGAGGGCAGCACUGUCGUUGCGGAGCAAGAGGUGACAACGCAGGCCAACAAUUGCGAUAUUGGGUGCACGAAAUUCGAUUUUAAUCCUGUUUGCGCUUUCAAUGGCGAGUGUUAUCACCAAUUUCCCAAUCAAUGUAUUAUGGAUACAUUCGUGUGCAAGCGUCCUGAUUUGGGCUUCAAAUCAACACCGCGCCAACGUUGUGCAAUGCAUUGGCUGAAGCGUUGUAAGGCAGAGGAGCUGAAGAGCGAAUAGUGGUUAGUUAGGGAUAAGAAGUAAAUCUCUUCCUUAUUUGUUUUAAUAAUUUUAUCAUAUAAGCAUUAAAAAGUUGUUUUACA